AAGUUUUCUUUGGAGAGAGAGAUGUAUGUAACAAGGCUGCUUUCCCACAUCCAGAGUUCUCCAGAAUCUCUUUCAUUACCAUCAGAUGGCCCAAAUUCUGGGUUUUUAGUAAUUCAAGACAAAAAUUCAGAGACUACUACUUUUUUUGGAUUGCUUAAAAAUCGGUACGUGAAGGACCUGCCUUUACCUCAGAACAAGGAGCUGCAUGUUGAGUACUCCUCUGACGACGAGGAAACAACCUUUGUUCCAGUUGUCAAUAAGCCACUGUCUUCCAAUCUCUAUUAUGCAUUAAAGCCUCACAGGUCUCACAAAGGGGAAGCAUAUGCUUGUUCAAAGGAAGAAGACAUCGAUACGAGUUGUUGCUGUAACAGCAUCCUAGAUGUCCAACCGAGACCGUUAGAUCCCAAUGACAUAUAUCAACAAUUUCAUAUCGUUCCUUACCAAAGAGGUGGUCAAUUUCAUGCCAAAUCAAUUGCGCCAGAUGGGAUUCCUCCAAACUUCUUGAGAACAAAAGGGUGGCGCAUGGCCUUUUACGUUGUUCGAUUCGCGAAACCCAUCCCGUUUCGUACACUUUGA